AACUAAUAACGCGGCUCAGGAGAGUGAUGACGUCAGCACCCGUAGGAGUAGUGAUGACGUCAGCACCCGUAGGAGUAGUGAUGACGUCAGAGGUGUUGUUGUGAGGGAAGCUCGUGACAGUGAGGUGACCGGGAGGAUAACUUGACUCACACUAAUACUCUCCUCCUCGCCUCAACUGGUGACUGACGGCGUCCACAACUGUUCCUGUGAUAACUAAAGAUGAGUUCAGAAAAACCAAAGAAGCCAGCGCCAGGUCGGCCACCUCCACCCUCCGACUUGUCAUCAUCGACGGAUGCAGCCACACCAGAGGAGGAGUUUGAGAACACAUACAAGGAGGCCUACAGGCUGAUUGACCAUGGCAUUGUACUGGUGACACAAGGUCUUAAUACUCAGGCGGCUGCUGUGCUGCAGAAGGGACUCACAGUGGUUGACAAGGCUCUCUCAAUAAAGGUGGAAGCCUUCAACAGCAAUGCAGAGAAAAUACAACAAUAUACUGCGAUGCAGCACAAGAUGAGAUGCACGAGGAAGGAGGUGCUGAGUCACUUCACAGAUGUCCAGACUGUGGGUGCCCCGGGUGCUGCCAUGGCCCCCCAGGUGGAGGAUGCUCCCCCCUCUUAUGAUGAUUACCUCAGGUCCCUGGAUGAAGAUAAAUCGGGCAACAACAGCGCUGGAUCAUCAGGAAAUGUUUCUUACCCUCGCCUCAAUGCCUUCGACCCUCAGGUGCAGGAAGCAGCCUUUGCAGAGAUUGCUGACACCUCAACUGUAACUCCAGUCAUGUCACCCCAACAGGGGGAGAUGAUUUUUCAAAUAGAGAAUGGUGUUCAGAUCUUCUUUAUCCAGCCUGAUGGGGGAGUCACAAGUCCCUCUUAUCCGUCCUUCCUUGCCGUGUUCACUGUUCAAGAGGCCAUUGGCAGUGCUACAGCCGCCACCGCUGCUCGGGGAUUCAUCCAAGUUGGUGAAUGGAGUUAUCCGCUGAUCCCUGCCCAGAGUCCUGUACUCCACUCCUUCUAUGGUGCUUACAUAUUCCCAGAUGCUGGCAACAGUGUGCCAGGGUCCAGCGUUGGGGUCAUCAUCCCAGACACGGUCGACAAGGAAAAGAAGGAAUUUUUCGAGCAGAUCCUGAUGCAGAUGACGUCGUACCAAGAGCAGGUGGUUCCCCCGGGCGUGGACUCCGAAGAGCAGAAGAGGAUCAUCCAGCAGUCCACCUCACAACGGAUUGCAGCAGGUUUGGUUUCAGGAGCGGAGACAUUGUCCAAGGGCGUUGUGUGGGGUGCUGAGAAACUUGGUGAGCUGAUAAGUUAUGGCUCCGAGAGUUUAAAAGGCUACGUUCAACCGGUAGAACAGAAGAAAGAAAUUGAUCCCAAGUGGCACACAUCGGCCAAAGUGGCGAGAAAUGUGUCCAGCAAAGCGGUGAAAAUCAGCGGCUUCCUCUUAAGUAAUGUUGGGAAGGCGACGAUGGCCCUGGGCAGGACUCUGGCUCCACACUUACAGAAGCAGGGGACUCGUGCCAUCAGUCACUUGACCGGGCAGAAGGAAAAGGAAGCCAGUGCUAACAUGGACGGAGUGUUGGAGGUAGCGUCAGGAGCGUUGCGGGGAGCCUCCACCAUCUACUUGAGUCUAGAGACAGCGGCAGCCACCCUUGCCACCAAUAUUACCGAUAACACGGUCAAAGUGGUCGCGCACAAGUAUGGUGAAGAUGCCGGGGCCCUCGCUGACAACACCCUGUAUGCUGUAGGACAAACUGCUUGGGCGGGACACAACAUUGCAUCCUUAGGGGUAAAGGGCAUCGCAAAACGUACAGCAAAGGACACAGGUAAGGCUCUUAUUCACCAACACGAGUCCAAGAAGAAAACCUCGACUUCGGCUUCCGCAGAACCAGUAGAGAAAGCUGUUGAGGCAAUGGAAAUAGGAGAUAGCCCUGGGACGCCUCCAGUGAAGCCAGUAAGAGAGAAGAAGAAGCCGCUACUGUAAGAGAGGGACCAGAGGGAACAGUUCAGUACCUUAUAUAACCAAACAAGUAUAUGUCAAUUGUUUAUACUUGGUGUGGAGAAGACAGUGUCUCUCAUCUACAAUACCUGGACAGUGCAUGUGUUGCAGACCUACUCUUAAUAAGGUGCUUAGUUUGGAUGGAAUUAUGAGCAGUUCACCAAGUGACUUACUACAGUACCAAGAGUUGUAUAUGUACAGUAGAUGGAGUCAUAAGUGUAUAAGUGUGUGUGUGAGAGAGUUAUAAUCCACAUUCUCUCCCUCUUGAAAGUGUAUAUUGAAGGUCAGGUCAGUGUAAGGCUUUUAUAGCUCCUGAUAUUAGUGUUACCUGUAUGUGUUGCCACUAUACAAAUUUAUGAUAACCUGUCAUAGUUGUCCUGUUAUGUCAGGUGGAGUCAGUUUUUCCACCACAUUUACAGGUCUGCUUCUACUUAUUGUUUGAGUAGGGACCAUUGUCUUCUUUUUCUAAGGCAUUAGUGAAAUCAAACUUUGUAUUUUUCUUCAUUUGAAGCCUCAGUUUAAGAUUCUAACAAAAGAGUGGAAUUUAAUAGCUGUACCUUCAGUUGUCCAUGUAAAUAAUUAGUCUAACAAGUAUGAAACAGUUUUUUGGACAAUAUGUGUUGACAUAUUGUAUAGGUUGCAGGAGUCAUCCUUCUCUUGUUGAUAAUGCUUGUAAAAAAUAAGUUAAUCCCACUAUAGUCAUUUUAACUUGCUUUCAUUUGGCAUUUUCAUGGGUGUACAAAAUUUGUUGUGAUGUGAGAGACAAGAUUAAAAGAAGGUAAAGGAAAUAAUACUACACACAGAAAUACCUGGCUGGUGUUGCAACAAGAAAAUGAUUGAUGUUUUGGUCGAAUGGUGCUGUGUGUGUGUGUGUGAGUAGUUUUUAGUGGACCUUCGUGGUAUCAAGUUGCAACUUGUCCUGGGGUGUGAGAAAGUAUGUAUGAAAUUAUUGAGUGAGUAAGAGUACAGUAUGUAUAAAAUGAUAUAGUGUGAAUCUAGUGGAGUCGAGUGUAAGAAAGAGAGAGAGAGAUAUGUGUGUGUGUUUGGGUAUCAGGGUGUACUGCCAUUCUAAGAUUGUCAUCAUCCCAUUCUGAUAUUUUGCUGCAGUGGGAAACAGUGAUUGGCUUUCAGUGAUGGACAGAGACCUAUAGAAAACUUUAUCAUGUAAGAUAAGAAUACAGUAAUACAGGUAAUUGUGUGGAGGAGAAAUGUGAGUGUUGUGGCUGUACUAAUGUGGAUAACGAGACCAUUUAGCUGAGAUGUGAAUGACGCUUUAUAGAUCAGCGAUUUCUGUUUGAUCUUGCUGAUUGAGGGGUAAGAUUAUAUGACGACAACUUUGUAAUCGAGAAAGAAUCUGUUAGCUUAAGUGAUUAAAAUACAUAAGAAUUACCUCAAAUAAUGACAGCUGUUGAUAAUGUAAAAUAAUAAUAAUAAUAAUAAUUAACGGUUUAUUGAAAGAGCUUGGCAGCCAGAAGGCUGAAAAUAUACAGUUACAUAUUUGGGGAAUGGGUUAUGAAUUACAAAUAAUAUACAAGUAACA